CCACGAACUUCCUCGAGUGUGAGAGUGAGAGAGAGAGAGAGAGAGGGGGGGAUGGAUCUUUUGGUGUUGAUACUGUGUGCUUACCUCGCUUGGGGUCUAGUCCAAGCUCUUCGUUUCAUCACCAGGAAGACCAAACCAAGUCCCUCCAAUCUCCCGCCCGGCCCGCCGCCUCUCCCGGUGAUCGGUAACCUCCUCGAGCUGGGAAACCUCCCUCACCAGUCUCUCGCCAAGAUCGCCCGCACUUACGGUCCCAUCAUUAAGCUCCAGCUAGGAGCCAUAACCACCGUAGUCAUCUCGUCGCCCGCAUUAUCCAAAGAAAUCCUCCAGACUCAUGACAUUUUGUUCGCCAACCGCACGAUUCCCGACGCCGUCAAUGCCUUCAAUCAAGGCCAGCACAGCUUGCCCUGGGUCCCCGUCUCGCCUCUAUGGCGGAACCUGAGGAGGAUAUUCAAUCUACACCUUUUCUCCAACAUGAAGCUCGACUCCACUCAACACUUGCGCCGCAAGAAAGUUCAAGACCUCCUAGCCCAUGUAGAGAGAAGCGCCCGCGCCGGCGAUGAGGUGGAAAUCGGCGAAGCGGCUUUCAUGACGUCCAUAAACUUUUUGGCUGACACCAUGUUCUCUUUGGAUUUGGUGGACCGUUCUUCGGGUUCGGCGAAAGAGUUCAAGGAGACAGUCUGGCAAAUCUUGGUCGAGGCUGGGAAGCCCAACGUGGUGGAUUUCUUCCCGGUGCUUAGGAAGAUCGACCCGCAAGGCACGAGGCGUCGAAUGACAAGGUACUUCAGGACGAUGUUCGAUUUGUUCGAUCGAUUGAUUGAGGGACGGCUGCGGCGGAGGGAAACGCUGGGUUCGCCGAGGAUGAACGAUGUGCUGGAUACACUUCUUGACAUAUGUGAAGAUAAGGAGGAGGACAUGGACAUGUCCCAACUCAAGCCCUUGUUACUGGAUGUGUUCGUCGCCGGAGCCGAUACCACGUCCAGCUCAGUGGAAUGGGCGAUGGCCGAGCUACUCCACAGUCCCGAGAAGCUAUCGAAAGCCCAGGCCGAGCUCCAUCGAGUCAUCGGCAAAGGCAACCUCGUCAACGAAUCUGACGUCGCCCGCUUACCGUACUUACAAGCCACCGUCAAAGAGACUUUCCGAAUGCACCCGGCGGUGCCGCUCCUUCUCCCCCGAAAAUGCGGGGCGGAUUUGGAGGUGGGCGGCUACACGGUCCCCGAGGGCGCGCAGGUCUUUGUCAACGUGUGGGCCAUAGGGCGAGACCCGACCUUAUGGGAGGAUCCGGAUGUGUUCUCGCCGGAGAGAUUUCUAGGGUCCGAAAUGGAUGUGAAGGGGCAUAACUUUGAGCUAACGCCGUUCGGUGGAGGCAGGCGCAUAUGUAUAGGCUUGCCUUUGGCCUUGAGGAUGUUGCACAUGAUGUUGGGCUCGCUCCUUAAUUGCUUCGAUUGGAGGCUUGCGGAUGGGGUUAUGCCGGAAGAUAUGAACAUGGAGGAAAAGUUUGGCAUCACCUUAGCCAAGGCUCAACCUUUGAAAGCGGUGCCAGUGUCGGUGUGAGUUAUGCACCGGGUCAUGAGCCGAUGAACCAUUCAUGACUCUGUGAUUCUCGGUAAUAACUUAUCGUUUGAAAUUAUGAUUUCAUCCUUCUUAUAAUUAUAGUAAUCGAUGAUCUGAUGUAGUUAUAUC